AUCACAUUUUUGACAGUUAAUGUAUUUUAGGUUAUGUUGCAAUAAUUGAAAACAUAAGGUCGGAAAAAAAGCAACCAACAGAAAACUUAAAGUUUUAUUUUAAUACACUUUUACUGCAUAUACUAUGUACUCAGUUUUACACAAGAAAGAAAAUGCUCACGAUGAUAGUAUAUGGAGUUGUGCAUGGGGACGCGUAAUUAAAUCUAAGGAACUGAAUGGAAAUGAUAAUGAAAAAGGAGAAGGUGAAGAAUCGAGAGAUUCGAAUUCUUCACAAGAAAUUCUUGGAGAGUAUUUAUUAUCAGGCGGCGUAGAUGAUUUAGUAAAAGUAUGGGAAUUAAAAAAUGAUCGACUCGAACUUAAACAUAAAUUAGAAGGACAUUCGUUAGGUAUUGUUUCUGUUGCUUUAAGUGCUGAUGGAACACGUUGUGCAUCUAGCUCAUUAGACUCUAGUUUACGAAUAUGGGAUAUACAAUCCGGGGAAAAAUUAUCAAAUAUUGAAGUAGGCCCUGUUGAUUUAUGGACAGUAGCUUUUAGCCCUGAUGGUAAAUAUGUCAUAUCUGGUUCACAUGCUGGAAAAAUUUCACUUUAUGGUGUAGAAUCAGCGAAACAAGAACAUACUUUCGACACCAGAGGAAAGUUUAUUUUAAGUAUUGCUUAUAGUCCUGAUGGAAAAUAUAUUGCUAGUGGAGCAAUUGAUGGUAUUAUAAGCAUAUUUGAUAUGACCUCUAAUAAAUUAGUACAAACGUUAGAAGGUCAUGCUAUGCCAAUCCGGACAUUAUGCUUUUCACCAGAUUCUCAACUAUUAUUAACCGGAUCCGAUGAUGGUCAUAUGAAAUUAUACGAUGUACAACAUGCAAACGUAGCAGGAACAUUAUCAGGUCAUGCAUCAUGGGUAUUAAGUGUUGAUUUCUCACCAGAUGGAACACAUUUUGUAUCAAGUAGCUCGGAUAAAUCAGUUAAAGUAUGGGAAUUAUCAACAAAACAAUGUGUUCAUACAUUUAACGAGCAUAGUGAUCAAGUGUGGGGCGUUAAAUAUAAUCCGGAUAGUAAUAAAAUAAUGUCAGUAUCGGAAGAUAGAAAUAUCAAUAUUUAUGAUUGUCCGAAGUAAUUCAUUUAAUUAUUGUAAUACAUAAACUUAUUAAUAAAUUUUACAA